GACCGGAGUCCACUGUCAACCAAGAAAAAGACGCCGCUUGACAGCAAGACACCCACUCACUCAAAGCCGGCUACAGCCUACGAGUUCCCACUUCUCCUGUCUCCACGGCCCACACACGCAUCCCUGUCUCCCUCUUCCCGCCUUUUUCUCAGUCAUGGCCGCCACCACCACCAACGGCGUGCCCUCCCGGCGGCGGCGGCGGCCGCACGUCCUCGUCCUCCCCUUGCCGUCGCGGGGCCACCUCCUGCCGCUCCUCGACUUCGCCCACCGCCUCUCCACCCGCCACGGCGUCGCCCUCACCGUCGCCGUCACGGCCUCCGACCUCCCCCUCCUCUCCGCCUUCCUCGCAUCCACCCCCCUCGCCGCCGCCCUCCCGUUCCAUCUCCCCGACGCCUCCCUCCCGGAGAACUCCAACCACGCGCUCCUCGCCGUCCAUCUCUCCGGCAUCCGCGCGCCGCUCCUCUCCUGGGCGCGGUCUCGCCCGGACGAUCCCCCCACCGUCGUCGUCUCCGACUUCUUCCUCGGGUGGGCGCAGCUCCUCGCCGACGACCUCGGCGUCCCGCGGGUCGUGUUCUACGCCAGCGGCGCGUUCGCCGUCGCCGCGCUCGAGCAGCUCUGGAAUGGCGCGCUGCCGCUGGACCCCAAGAUUUCGGUCGUCCUCGACACGCUCCCCGGGUCGCCGGCUUUCCCGUACGAGCACGUGCCGUCGGUGGUGAGGAGCUACGUCGCGGGCGAUCCGGAUUGGGAGGUCGCGCUUGAAGGCUUCCGCCUCAACGCCAGAGCUUGGGGCGCCGUGGUGAAUUCGUUCGACGAGAUGGAGCGCGAGUUCUUGGAGUGGCUCAAACGGUUCUUCGGCCAUGGCCGCGUGUGGGCGGUCGGCCCGGUCGCCGACUCCGGCUGCCGGGGAGAGGAGAGAUUGCCGGAAGCAGAGCAGCUGUUCUCCUGGCUCGAUACGUGUCCCGCGCGUUCGGUGGUGUAUGUCUGCUUCGGGAGCAUGUACAAGCCGCCGCCGGCCCAGGCGGCGGCGCUGGGCGCCGCGCUGGAGGCGAGCGGCGCGCGGUUCGUCUGGGCGGUGGGCGCCGACGCCGCCGUGCUGCCGGAGGGGCUGGAGGAGAGGACGGCCGCGCGUGGCCGCGUCGUGCGCGGCUGGGCGCCGCAGGUGGAGAUCCUCCGGCACGCCGCCGUGGGCGCGUUCCUGACGCACUGCGGCUGGAACUCGACGCUCGAGGGCGUCGCCGCCGGGGUGCCGCUCCUCGCCUGGCCGAUGAAGGCCGACCAGUUCAUCGACGCGCGGCUCGUGGUCGACCUGCGCGGCGCCGCGGUGCGCGUCGCGGAGGGCGCGGCCGCCGUGCCCGACGCGGCGACGCUGGCGCGCGCGCUCGCGGACGCCGUGGACGGGGCGAAGUGCGGCGACGUGAGGGCCAAGGCCGCCGCGCUCGCCGCGGCCGCCGCGGCGGCGGUGGAGGAAGGUGGCAGCUCGCGCGUCGCCUUCGAGAGCAUGGCGAAGGAGCUGGAAACUGCGUGCAUGUCUCCUUCGUUCGGUUGAUCGGUGAGGUCACGCGACACGGCGGCGUUCUUGACUCAUUUGUUGUUGUUGUCACAUGCGUAGCAGUAUGGCACGGCAGAGUGUACCUCCAAUUAACUUGAGGGGGUCGUUUUGUGCUGUAAUUUAUCUCAGAGACAUUUAGCUGAAGGCGAUCAACUGAUCAUGCAACACUCUUAGCCAUCAUACAGGGGCUGUAAUGAAUUUUACCAAAAAAAACCAAAAUUUUCCAUAUUAUUUACUCCCUUCGUUCCAUAG